AUGCGCUCCUGGUUUGGGCUUAUUAAUCAAGUUUCCUACGCAUUUGCCUCAGCAGAACACAUGCUCCCCUUCAGAGAAGCCCUUAAACCUGGAUCAUCGUUCACUUGGACUGAAGAACUGAAUGAACUUUUUGAGGAAUCCAAGGCGGUUAUCAUCAGUGAAAUCGAGAAUGGUGUACGCAUAUAUGACAAAUCUAAACCUACUUGCUUAGCCACCGACUGGUCAAAGACUGGCAUCGGCUUUUGGUUAUUUCAAAAACACUGCAAUUGUGCCUCCACCAAACCAUUCUGUUGCCACACUGGUUGGAAAAUAACCCUUGUAGGCAGCCGCUUCACCCAUGCUGCAGAGUCCAGAUAUGCCCCCAUAGAAGGAGAGGCCCUAGCUGUUGCCGACGCACUAGAUAAAGCUUGCUUCUUCGUUUUGGGCUGUGAGAAAUUGAUCGUCGCUGUUGAUCAUAAACCAUUACUGAAGGUCCUUGGUGACCGGUGCCUAGAAGACAUCUCUAACGUACGGCUACGCAACCUGAAAGAGAAAACCCUCUGCUACCGCUUUCAAAUGAUCCACAUCCCCGGUAUCAAGCAUAAGGCUGCAGACGCAAUGUCACGACACCCAACCGGACCUCGUAACCCUGAAGCCCUUCCCAUCCCAGAUGAUGUUGCCACCAUGAACGAUUCAUGCAACACACUACCCCCUCCCUUCAUACCCUUCGGACACCCACUCCUUGCUGGCAUACGUUCUAAUACAUCCCACCCUACGUUAUUACCCCCUAACCUUGAAGACGAAACUCUUCCCUCAGUAGCAGCAUCAAUCCACACCAUGGCAAUAACCUGGGAUCGCGUGAAAGAAGCCACAGCCAGCGACAACAACAUGGAGAAACUCCUUUCCAUUAUUGCAACAGGCUUUCCCGCAUUCCGUCACCAACUCCCCAGUGAUCUACAAGAAUACUACCAAUUCCAUGACCACUUGCACACAAUCGAUGGUGUUAUCCUGUACAAAGAACGCAUUGUGAUACCACCCUCACUUCGACAUCAUGUCUUAUCCACACUCCACUCAGCCCACCAAGGUGUCACAUCCAUGACCUCCAGAGCCGAGUCGACAGUCUUUUGGCCCGGCAUCACCCCAGCCAUCCGAGCAUUACGAGAAUCAUGCAACCACUGUAAUAGAAUGGCACCAUCACAGCCCAGUGCUCCACCAUCAGCCACCACCCCACCUAGCUAUCCUUUUCAAUCGCUGUGUGCCGACUUCUUCCAUUACAAAGGCAUGAACUACCUUGUGAUAGUCGACCGAUACUCUAACUGGCCGAUCAUAGAAAGAGCUCGCGAUGGAGCAAAAGGCCUCAUUGACUGCCUACGUCGUACCUUUAGCACCUUUGGUAUUCCAGACGACCUGGCAACUGACGGCGGACCCGAGUUCACCUCAGCAUUAACCCAACAGUUUUUAAAAAAUUGGGGCGUCCACCACCGUUUAUCCUCAGUUGCGUACCCCCACUCAAACUGCCGGGCAGAAGUUGGCGUAAAAACUGUAAAACGGCUCAUUACCAACAACACAAGCCCCAAUGGCAGCCUGGACACGGACAAUUUACAACGUGCCAUACUUCAAUACAGAAAUACACCUGACCCUAAAACAAAGCUCUCUCCCGCACAGUGUAUAUUUGGAAGACCAAUCAAGGAUUUUAUUCCUAUAUUGCCCGGACGAUACCAACCCCACCCCACCUGGAAAGACACAUUAGCUGCUCGUGAAGAAGCACUACGCAACAGACAUGUGCGAUCCGCUGAACGAUGGACCGAACAUACCAAAAGACUCCCUCCACUCGUUGUAGGUGACCACGUAAGAAUUCAAAAUCAGAUUGGCCCCCACCCAACCAAAUGGGAUAAAACCGGACGAGUCGCCGAAGUCCGCCAGUUUGACCAGUAUGUUGUACGUGUCGAUGGCUCUGGAAGAAUGACCAUUCGUAACAGGAAAUUCCUCCGCAAAUUCAUCCCAGUACACCCACCACCACCACCACACACCAUCACAGACGACCUCCGAUACAAACCAAUUUCCCACCACAAAAGUCUCCCAACUCCACCACAUACCCCAUCAAACUCUGACCCAACAGCUGGCCCAAUCCAACCACAUACACCACCUUCCCCACCAGAGCCCCUACAACCCAGCACCCAGCCGCCAACCCCAACAAGUGAAAAACAACCCCUUGCCCUCCGUAGACUGAUGGACUUCAACAAGAAAGGACUCAAAGAACUGUGA